GAGGAUUAAUUUCUGCCCCUAUAACAACAAUAAUAUCAUACGCGCACUACCUCUGCAUAAUUUUUAUUUUAAUUUAUACAUACAAAAUUUAAAAACUUAAUUAUUAAACAAAUUAAGUACUCCACAUGUGGCAACCACACGCCAUUGGUGAAAAUCAGCUGUGCGCCUUGGCAUUUCAUAACCAAAAAGGAACAAGUGCACGCGAAUUACAAAACUUACCGCUUUACAAUUUUUUAUAAAAGUUAUAUGAAAAAUACAAGUAGAAAUAAAAUAUACUUAAAAUCCUUAGCAUAAAACACAGCAAUAUUGAAAAUGGUAGAUGCGGGACAAAAUGCUUCGAUCGAUAACUUGGAUAAGGAUCAAAUGAAAACAUUCUCAGAUUUUCUGAUGUCCUAUAAUAAAUUGUCGGAAAUGUGUUUCACAGAUUGCGUGCGCGACUUUACUACGCGUGUGGUCAAAGACAAUGAGGAGCGCUGUGCACUCAAUUGUAUGGAGAAGUACCUGAAGAUGAACCAACGUAUUUCACAGCGUUUCCAAGAGUUCCAAAUGAUUGCCAAUGAAAAUGCCAUAGCGAUGGCACAAAAAAGUGGCAAACUUUAACGUGUGUUUAGAGUGUUGCAAUGCAACGCAACGAUUCAUUGAUGUUGAGCACAGUGAAAUUGUGUAGAAUAUUUAGCCAGAGCUAUAAGCAUUUCCUCUGAAGCGUACAUUUGUGCAUUUGUUAACUUCACAACCAUUGUUUAAUAAAAGGUAAUUCUCUACUAUUUUUCGAGUUUUAAAAUAUUAGUGCAACAAAACAUUUAACUUGCAAGUAGUAUAUUCAAAAAGAAGUUUUUUGUCGUGAUGAAAUUUUACAUCUUGAUGAAAACGCAAAAUAUAUUUUAUUAAGUGGAUCAAAUAUUUUAUAUGUAACGCUUACCUUACUCGAUGUUACAUUUCUAGUUAUUGAAUAUCAAUAUACGAAAUAAAAUGUAUAAAUGUGAUUAUUUAAAGUGAAAAACAAAAGAAAUGUUAAGCGUGGCUAAAAAUAUGUUUUUUUACUUUGCAAGAAAUAUCUUGAUAGUAUUGAACUACAAUUUUGCGUAAUAAAAGAAGCUCUUGAAACAGUAAACGUCUACCCCUAGGACAAUGUAAAGAGUCGUGUGUCUGAAAGUACUUAAUUCAAGAACAUCAGCAAUCAGUAAAUUUUUUCCAACUUAUCUCGCAACCAAGACAAUUAAAAGGUAUAUUUUUACACUCUUUUAAGCACCGCUUACCAACCGUCUACCUCGGUAACAAAAUAUUGAAUAAAAAAUAGCUUUGCUUGCGACGAUGUACGCCGGAGUUCACUGCCCUGAUAAGCGGGCGCAUGGUUUUUAAACUGCUUAUUUGGCAUUUUUAUUUUCUUAAUAUUUCAUAUAUAAUAAUAUAAAAGAUUUAAAUUACUAUUCGAAAUCUUAAGAGAAUGCGCAGUGCUCACAUAUAUAUUUAAUAUCUUAAGAAUAAUGAUAAUAUUAGGAUACAGACAAGUUGCGAACGCGAAGAACUUAACAUAAGGGAAAAAAAACACAGAAUUUUUUUUUUAGAAAAUUUAAAAAUAUGUGCGAUAUUUCAUAUGUAUUCUUAAUGCACUUAAAAUAAUAAAUAAAAUAAAAUAUCAAUAUUUUACGGUAUUGUGAUCAAUUGACGAUGUAAUUACUAACUUAAUUCACAAGUAACUUUUGGUAACUGCUGAAUACUAAAGAAAAGUACUACUAACUAAGAAUGCUUUCACUUUGCAGAACUGCCUUAGCAGCUGACUCGAUGUAGAUUUCGUACGAUGAUAAAUGAAUGAAAAUUCACUAAUAAUGUUUUUUUUUUUCAAUGAAUUGAGCCACUUUCACCCUGAAAACCCUCUGUCUCGCUUAUCAAUGCGUACUCUAAAAUCACACGUCCUUCCUUGUAUCUAAAAUAGGAAAUACAAAUAAAUAGUUGAAUUCAGUUUUCAAAUAUUUCAACUUACUUUUGUGCAUCUUCAGUGGCGUAUUCAUACAUCCAGCCUAAUUUGGCAUCGCAGCUCUUGCACAUUACAUCGCGUACCAUAUGUCGACCCGUAAGCAUAACCCGCUCUUGGACAUUGCUAAAUGUCAGGUUAACCACACGCUUAAAAAGAUACGCACGACCUGCGAAACAAAUAAGUAAACAAUAAUGUAGUCAGUUGUGAUAAGUAAUCAGUGCAAGCAAUCUCAAUCUGACGCCAAACGCAAUUGCCACAACUCGUAUGUGUGGUAAUUCGCCAUCAUAAAAAUAAUUUCAUAGUUUAACUCACCCGUUGCGCCUGUAAACCGAGUGCUUAUCAAUUGACUACGAUUGGUAAGAUUUGUCUGGCACUGUGCGCAGUUGAACAGUUUCGAGCCGCCAAUAUGCUCGAGGAAAACACGGCCCAUAUUUAGUUUAUGUUAGACGUUUUAUUUUAUUUGUAUUUUUUUUAUAUUACAAUUGUUUUCUGUGAGUUUUAUUAUUUGUUUGUUUAACCUCACAAUAAUUGUCAAAUAUUUUAUUUUCUUCAGACAAAUUCACGAGUUUAAUCGUCUAAAUACGGUUGGUGCCACAAAUAACAGUAUUGAAAUAGUAUUCGUUUCACAAGUUGUACUGCUUAAUGCUGUUGAGAAACAUUGAAAAAUUGUGCCAUAUUAGGAAAAAAAGAAUGAAAUGACAAAAUUUUAUUCUUUGUUAGCAAAUUUGAAAAUUUCUCUUUUUUAUAUGCUCACUUGCUUAGGCAUUUUACUCUAUUUCAGCAUAUAUUUACCAAUACUUUUUGUACCGUUUAUCGCGUGACUUUGAUUAAUUUCUACUACGUUUCAAUCUAUAUUCGUCUUUCCCGAUAUUUUUUCUUUCUCUGUCGUAAUUUUCAAGUGCAUUUGCAAUUUAUUUUGACUCUUUCUAUUCUCUUGUUUAGACAAUAAAUGAACGGUAAAUAUUUUUGAAGUUAGCUGCAAUUGAGUCAAGAGUUGCCGGUAGAAGGUGAUUUUGUAAUUGAAACAUUGAAAAGAAAAAACUUCUAUUCUUUCAAGCUAUUUUUCAUUACUACGCCAUUGGAACGUAUUGUUUAAUUCUUGUUGUAUUAUGCAAAUAUUUACAAGAUUUAAAGCUGUACAUUUAAGACAUGUACGGUACCUUAAAGUUUAAUAUGGCUAACACAUAGCAUACUGUACCUGAAAUUGUACACACAACUUGCAACCCUGCAUACGUAAUUGGAAAUUCACAUUGACAGAUAAUCAAGUACAACAAACUUAAAUUUUUGUUCUUUCUUUCCGGAAUAGGAUUUUGUGAGGUGUGCUUGUUCUCGACUUCGAGCUAAGGCCAAAUUUUUAAAUAAAAAUCUAAUUUUUUGGCGACUUGCACCAAUAUUAAUAAUUUAAAUACU